AUGAUGUUCAACGACCCUGCUUCGUCUGACGUAGUCGUCAUCCUCGUUUCUGGAGAUGUGCAAGGGAGUGAACAAACCCCACCUGAAAGAUGCAUCUACGGCGGGGACCUUCAAAACGGUCACGACUGGGUCACAAGACCGGGUGAUUGGCAAGUCCUCACAAACAUAGUAAGCAGCCUGUGUAGAACUCUAUCUUCGAUACUCGAAAGCGUUGAAAAUGGCUCAUGCGCCAUUGAGCAGACCACGCUGGCAGAGCUCCUGAAGGGCUGGGGGAUGGUCUUCGUGGCCCUGGAAAGCCUUCACCAGUCCUUGCACAAACUUGGGGAGAACAAGGACGAGAGCCUGACAGCAGAAGCUGUUCAGAGGCUACUAGUCUCCACCAAGACGCUAUUCGCUUCCCUCGACAGCGCAGCCCGCGAUCAGUGCCGCUUCUACUGGGCCGAUGCAUCGAGGGAGGUUGAAACCAAGAUGCCCUGGAGCACCUUCGUUUACGAGACGAUGAUGGACUUCAGCACGACUCAAAAUCCUGUUCGGCUCUUGGAAUGUCACCUCUAUCUCUGGAGGCCCACAGAUCCUCUGCCUAUCGACAGGUUCUUGAAGGUGGCUCCAAAUCUCACGCUAGAGCUUUCCGGCAUCUGGCUGAAGAAGUUCUCGCACCAAUACGCGACCAAGAACGUUUUCUCCAUGAGAUGCGUCAUCGAAGCAAACAUACUCAUUUUCGAGGCAGCCCUAUACCCUCAGUCUCCAACUCCAGAUGACGUCAGGUUCCAACUUUUAGAGGUCUGGUUCGCAGAGUACGUCUGCUUGGACAGGAAGAAAGCCGUGGAUCCGCGUCUCUCUGAGGCGUUGAAGAAAAUCUUCUUGUCUUUGCCGGUCUCUGCCCAGGCUGAACUGGUUGAUGAGUAUUGGGGGAAGCUGUACGCCUCAGGAUCCCGUUCUAGCUCCUUUGAUACAUUCUUCGACGACUGGUAUAUCCGCACGGCCUAG